AAAAUUAUUAAAGUACUGGGUGAUUACUCAAUUAGGAGAAGCUCUCAACUUAAUCAACUUCAAAGGGAUUGAUUUGUGUAUAGAUAUUAUCUAAAUCAUUUAGAUUACUUAUUGAAUGAUCUUGAGUCAUCACUCUAUAGUUUGUGAAAUGAAUCUCAAACCAUAUUUAUUUUCUCAUCUUCAUUCCUUUUAUACCUGCUGCUUUGUUUAAUAGACUCAGACAAACCUGAUAUUUAUUCUAUUUUCUAAAUAUGGAAGCCUAUGAUAAGUUUGACUUUUACAAGGGCAAUCCAAACUAUUUUAUCUUCAUAUGAGUUUGUCAGAGUAUCUUGUAGGAUUUAAAAUGCCUGCUAAUAUUUGCCCAAUUUGAUCAAGACUUUGCCCAAUAAGUAUUUUACCAAAUUAAAUUACUAUACUUUUUGAGUGAUAUUACCUAA